CACAGCUUCGGCCAUAUUCGUAUCGCAACAUCACCAGAUCCAUCCAACAUUGAAGACCCCCAAUACAAUCUGCUCUUCAGUGUCUUCCGUUGCUCCAGUUGCCACUUGUCCAGUUCCUCAAUAACUAAUCCUAUCGUCCUACCAGCUGGACUCGCUUCCCGUCUAACAUAACCUCUCGACGAACACUCCUUCCUAUCUUCCUCACUCAUUCCCUUCGCAUAGCAACACACACACACACACAAGUCUCCAAGUGGCAUUAGCUUGCUCACUUCGAUAAUUCAAAACUCCCUCGCAUUAUCAUCAUCGCACAGAAUAGAGACAUUCCAUUCACACGACAGCCACCAUGUAUUCCGGCGGUGCGACCGGCACUCACACUCCUCGAUCUUCCCAGAACCUCCGUCCUUUGAUCCUCACUCACGGUUCUCUCGAGUACUCGUUCCUGAUACCCACCGGCCUCCAUUUCCAGGCAUCACAGCUGAAAGAUGCUUUUAAUGCCUCGCUUCCAGAACCCACAGAUGAGCUCGCUCAAGAUGACGAGCCGUCAUCAAGUGCCGAGCUGGUCGCUCGUUACAUUGGCUUCAUUGCCGCUGAAGUCGAUGAUGAUGAGGAGGCUGCCGGUUUUGUUGAGGUGCUCAAGGUAGCUCUAAACGAGUUCGAGCGAGCUUUCAUGCAUGCGAACGACGUACAUGCUUUGGCUGCAACACUACCGGGGAUUACCGCAAAGAAAAAUCUCCUCGUUCAAUGCUACUACGCUGGUCGAGCAGCAGUGGCACGGCCCAUUAAACCCCACGAUUCGGCUCUGCUCCGAGCAGCAGAUGACGAGGAGGCCAGUAUUUUCACCGUGUUUGGUGGCCAGGGAAACAUUGAAGAAUAUUUUGAGGAGCUGCGGGAGGUGUACACCACAUAUCCAUCCUUCACCAAAGAUCUAGUUGAAACCUCGGCAGAGCUCCUGCAGACGUUGGCCAGAAGUCCAAAGGCAGACAAGUUUUACACCAAAGGCCUAGACAUCCUCAGUUGGCUCGCCGACAAGGAAACACAGCCAGACACCGAUUACUUGGUCUCUGCACCCGUCAGCUUGCCGCUGAUCGGACUGGUCCAGCUUGCCCAUUAUCAAGUGACCUGCAAAGUCCUCGGUAAGACGCCCGGCGAGGUCAAUGAGCGCUUCAAUGGAACUACCGGCCACUCCCAAGGUGUGGUUACCGCUGCCGCCAUCGCCACUGCGACUUCGUGGGAGAGCUUUGCGAAGGCCGCUAGAGAUGCCAUUACGAUGCUCUUCUGGAUUGGCAUGCGAAGUCAGCAAGCCUACCCUCGCACAAGCAUGGCGCCCUCGAUCCUGCAAGACUCGCUCGAAGCCGGCGAAGGCAACCCCACACCCAUGCUUUCAGUGCGAGAUCUAUCCAAGAAGCAACUUCAAGAGCACAUUGACGCGACCAACGAGCAUUUGCCCAAGGAUCGACACAUUGCCAUUUCUUUGGUGAACAGUGCCCGUAACUUCGUGGUGACCGGGGCUCCAAUCUCGCUGCACGGUCUGAAUCUUCGACUACGAAAGGUCAAGGCUCCGACUGGUCUGGACCAGAACCGCAUUCCCUUCACAGAGCGUAAAGUGCGCUUCGUCAACCGGUUCCUCCCAAUCACCGCACCUUUCCACAGCCCUCUCUUGAGCGAGGCAUACAAGCAUAUCCUCGAAGAUCUGGCCGAGACUAGGAUCCCUGCUUCUCGCUUGACCAUUCCCGUGUACGACACAAACACUGGUGAGGAUCUUCGCGCCCAGCAAGACAAGGAUGUGGUUCCGGAUUUGGUGCGUAUGAUCACCCAGGAUCCUGUACACUGGGAACAGGCUACAGUUUUCGAAGGCGCCUCCCAUAUCAUCGACUUUGGCCCAGGAGGAAUUUCCGGCCUCGGAGUCCUCACCAACCGUAACAAAGAUGGUACCGGUGUCCGCGUGAUAUUGGCUGGUGCCAUGGAUGGCACCAACACGGAAGUUGGAUACAAGCCCGAACUUUUCGACCGCGACGAAGAGCAUGCAGUGAAGUACGCAACCAACUGGGUCAAAGAACAUGGACCCAGACUCGUCAAGACUUCCGUCGGUCAGACAUAUGUCGACACUAAAAUGUCCCGCUUGCUGGGGGUGCCGCCUUUGAUGGUUGCCGGCAUGACUCCCUGCACAGUUCCGUGGGACUUCGUUGCCGCGACUAUGAACGCCGGCUACCACAUCGAAUUGGCUGGUGGUGGCUACUACAACGCAAAGAGUAUGACGGAAGCGCUGAACAAGAUCGAGAAGGCUAUCCCCCCUGGGCGAGGCAUUACUGUCAACUUGAUCUAUGUUAAUCCCCGCGCCAUGGGCUGGCAAAUUCCGCUCCUCGCCCAGCUCCGCGCUGACGGUGUCCCCAUUGAAGGUUUGACAAUCGGUGCGGGCGUGCCGUCGAUCGAGGUCGCUCAAGAGUACAUCGACACUCUUGGGAUCAAGCAUAUUGCUUUCAAGCCUGGCUCUAUGGACGCUAUCCAGCAAGUCAUCAACAUUGCCAAAGCCAACCCCACAUUCCCUGUCAUUCUGCAGUGGACGGGUGGUCGCGGUGGUGGGCAUCACUCUUUCGAAGAUUUCCAUCAGCCAGUCAUCCAGAUGUACGGCCGUAUCCGGAAAUGCCAGAAUAUUAUCCUGGUGGCAGGCAGUGGUUUCGGCGGGUCUCAAGAUACUUACCCGUAUUUGACCGGUACCUGGUCGCGCAAAUUCGGCUAUCCGCCAAUGCCCUUUGAUGGUAUUCUCUUUGGAAGCCGCAUGAUGACGGCGAAAGAGGCCCAUACCUCUCUCAAUGCGAAGAAGGCCAUUGCUGAGGCAGAAGGUGUUGAUGAUACGGAGUGGGAGAAAACAUACAAGGGACCGGCUGGUGGUGUUAUCACCGUUCGAUCAGAGAUGGGCGAGCCGAUUCACAAGCUUGCGACCCGCGGUGUGAAAUUCUGGGCCGAGAUGGACCAGAAGAUCUUCAGCUUGGACAAGAAGAAGCGAGUCGCAGAGCUUAAGAAGCAGCGCGAGUACAUCAUCAAGAAGCUCAACGACGACUUCCAGAAAGUUUGGUUCGGCAAAAACUCUGCUGGGGAGACGGUUGAUCUUGAGGACAUGACCUAUGCUGAAGUGGUUCGACGCAUGGUUGAGCUCAUGUACGUGAAGCACCAGUCUCGCUGGAUCGAGGUUACACUUCGCAACCUCACUGUCGAUUUCAUCCGCCGAGUCGAGGAGCGCUUCACCGUUGGCUCUGGGAAACCCUCCCUUAUCCAGAGCUACGCAGAAUUUGAGAAUCCCUUCCCCGUCGUGGACAAAGUUCUGGCCGCCUAUCCUGAGGCUGAAACUCAGUUGAUCAACGCGCAAGAUGUCCAGCAUUUCCUGCUCUUGUGCCAGCGACGCGGUCAAAAGCCUGUGCCAUUCGUCCCCUCUCUGGACGAGAAUUUCGAAUUCUGGUUCAAGAAGGAUUCCCUUUGGCAAUCCGAGGAUCUGGAUGCUGUAGUAGAUCAAGACGUUGGCAGAACCUGUAUCUUGCAAGGACCCAUGGCAGCCAAGUACUCCACCAAGGUCGACGAGCCCAUCAAAGACAUUUUGGACGGUAUUCACCAUGACCACAUCAAUGGGUUGAUACAAGAUUUCUACGGUGGACACGAGUCUGCCGUCCCAGUCAUCGAAUAUUUUGGUGGCAAGAUCAUCACAUCUGCAGAGAGUGUCGUGGAGCUGGACGGUGUCACUGUUAUUCCCGACGGCUCACGGACCACAUACAGGCUUUCGACAUCGCCGUCCGCUACACUGCCUGAUGCUGAAGCUUGGAUCCAGCUCCUUGCCGGUAAAAACUACUCAUGGCGACAUGCCUUCUUCACGGCCGAUGUUUUCAUACAAGGUGCCCGUUAUCAGAACAACCCCAUCAGGCGUAUCUUAGCCCCCACUCGAGGCAUGACUGUUGAGAUUGCCCAUCCGAAGGAUCCUUACAAGACAACGAUCGUCGUCAAGGAGCCCAGCCAGUCCGGAAGGAUGGUUAAGACGCUCGACAUUAGUCUGUUAGGCAAGAAUGAGAUCCUGAUGAACAUGUGGGAAGAAAGAACCGCAGAAGGAGAAGCUGUUGCCCUUCCGUUCAAAUUCAUCUACCACCCAGAAACUGGCUAUGCGCCGAUUCAUGAGGUUAUGGAUGGUCGCAACGAUCGCAUCAAGGAAUUCUACUACCGAAUUUGGUUCGGUGAGAAGGAUGUGCCCUUCGACUCCCCCACUACGAACGUCUUCGAUGGUGGCAGGGCGACCAUUGUUACCCAAGAUGUUGCUGAUUUUGUUCAUGCUGUUGGCAACACUGGUGAAGCAUUCGUCGACCGUCCGGGCAAGGAAGUCUUUGCUCCCAUGGAUUUUGCAAUUGUGGUUGGGUGGAAGGCUAUCACCAAGCCGAUUUUCCCUCGCGCGAUUGACGGUGACCUCCUCAAGCUCGUUCAUCUGUCGAAUGGCUUCCGCAUGCUUCCUGGUGCCGAACCCUUAAAGGUUGGCGACGAGCUUCACACAUCUGCCCGGAUCAACGCAGUGCUCAACCAAGACUCCGGCAAGAUGGUCGAGGUUUGCGGAACCAUUACCCGAAGAGGUCAACCCGUGAUGGAAGUGACCAGCCAGUUCCUCUACAGAGGUACCUACACGGAUUACGAGAACACCUUCCAACGCAAGCAGGAGACGCCGAUGCAGGUCACGCUCGCUUCAUCCAAGGAUGUCGCUGUUCUUCGAUCCAAAGAAUGGUUCCACCUUGAUGAGCCGGACAUUGAUUUGCUGGGACAAACUUUGACAUUCCGUCUGUCAAGCCUCGUUCGCUUCAAGAACAAGACUGUCUUCUCAAGUGUCGAGACUGUCGGCCAGGUCGAAUUGGAACUCCCCACCAAGGAAAUCAUUCAAGUUGCUUCUGUCGAAUACGAAGCGGGGGCUUCUCAUGGGAAUCCAGUGAUUGAUUAUCUCCAGAGGAACGGCCAGACCAUCGACCAGCCUGUCAAUUUUGAGAACGCGAUCCCUCUUAGUGGCAAGACCCCCUUGACCCUCAGAGCCCCGGCUUCCAACGAGACCUAUGCUCGUGUCUCGGGCGACUACAACCCCAUCCACGUGGCGCGUAUCUUUGCCAGCUAUGCCAACCUUCCUGGCACCAUCACACACGGCAUGUAUUCCAGCGCUGCCGUUCGAAGUCUGGUUGAGACUUGGGCUGCGGAGAACCAUAUUGGCCGUGUCCGAAGCUACCAUGUCUCUUUGGUCGGCAUGGUCCUCCCCAACGAUGACUUGGAGGUCAAACUCGAACACGUCGGCAUGGUCGCCGGUCGAAAGAUCAUCAAGAUCGAGACGACCAAUAAAGAAACUGGCGACAAGGUGCUGCUCGCUGAAGCCGAAGUUGAACAGCCGGUGUCGUCGUAUGUGUUCACUGGUCAAGGUUCGCAGGAGCAAGGUAUGGGCAUGGACCUCUACGCACGCAGCCCCGUGGCCAAGGAGGUGUGGGACCGAGCCGAUCGUCACUUCAUGGACAACUAUGGUCUUUCCAUCAUUAAUAUUGUCAAGAACAAUCCCAAGGAGUUGACCAUCCACUUUGGAGGGCCGCGUGGCAAAGCCAUUCGCCAAAACUACAUGGCAAUGACUUUCGAGUCCAUCAAUGCUGACGGCUCGGUCAAGUCAGAGAAGAUCUUCAAGGAGAUCAACGAAAACACAUCGUCUUACACCUAUCGCUCACCUACUGGUCUGCUGUCUGCCACACAAUUCACGCAGCCAGCCUUGACACUGAUGGAGAAGGCCGCUUUUGAGGACAUGCGCUCCAAGGGCCUUGUCCAGCGCGACAGCAGCUUUGCCGGUCACUCCCUGGGAGAAUACUCUGCUCUCGCUUCGAUUGCAGAGGUCAUGCCCAUUGAGAGUUUGGUGUCUGUCGUGUUUUACCGCGGGUUGACCAUGCAAGUUGCCGUGGAACGUGACGAGCAAGGACGAAGCAACUACUCCAUGUGCGCGGUGAACCCGAGCCGUAUCUCCAAGACGUUCAACGAACAGGCGUUGCAAUAUGUCGUGGAGAACAUUGCCGAAACCACUGGCUGGUUGGUGGAGAUUGUCAACUACAAUGUUGCUAACAUGCAAUAUGUGUGCGCUGGUGAUCUCCGCGCGCUUGACUGCUUGACGAACGUGCUCAACGUUCUCAAGAUGCAAAAGAUCGACAUCCAGGCCUUAAUGCAGCAGAUGUCUUUGGAUGAUGUCAAGGCCCACCUGGUUGAGAUCAUUGGCGAGUGCCGCAAGAGGACGGAAGCCAAGCCGCAGCCGAUUGAGCUCGAACGAGGCUUUGCCGUCAUUCCGCUCAAGGGCAUUGAUGUUCCUUUCCACAGCACCUUCUUGCGAUCUGGCGUCAAGCCAUUCCGUUCUUUCUUGCUGAAGAAGAUCAACAAGACGAGCAUCGAUCCGGCGAAAUUGGUAGGAAAGUACAUUCCCAACGUGACAGCCAGACCCUUCGAGAUCUCCAAAGAGUAUUUUGAAGAGGUCUACCGGCUGACCAACUCGCCUCGGUUGGCGAAGAUCUUGGAGGACUGGGACUCGUACGAGAAUGCGGGAGAUUCAGGGGUGAGGCGCCUUUCUUCGGUGGCAUAGUUAAUCACAGCAUUGUCUUUGCUUCUUGACGGGGCGUUGUUUGCUUUUGCGGAGGUGUUUCCGAAAAGGGAGCGAGGAUAGCAAAAUCGGGCGCAUGGGGAGAGUCGAACAAGGUUCGGUAUGGGACAGCAUGGGUUGAACUACCACAGCAUUAGAUUUCUUUUUUUUUUGGUGUCCUUUGUGUAAAGAUAGUGGCGAGGACAGCAAGUCCAGCGCACCCUGUGGAGAUAAUGAAAGCGGCAUUCAUUUCUCUAAUUCAAUCUUGAAGUAUCGUUAAUCGG